AUGAAGCUUUCGCUUUCUCUGUCUUUGUCGUCUCAACGUUCCUCUUCUGCGCCCAGUUCGGAGUACUGGCUCAAAGCACAGGAAACACAUGAUUUUGUUGUUGGAAAUCUGCUCACGCAUUACAAUAGCUACCGAGUCAACACGACCAGUCAAACGAAUGUUGCUUAUGAAUGGUACAAUGCCAGUCAAAUUUAUGCAGACGCUGCCAUGAUUCAGGCCGGUGAUCCACGAUACGUUCCCUACAUGAACAAUAGCUAUGCUUGGAUGAAUAACAUGUGGGAUACGUCCAGCAGUAAUGGCGGUUAUUAUGCAGCUGCGAAUGUGGACGGAACCGGUAGCGGAGGUGACAAAUAUGCCGACGAUAACGGCUUAACAGGCGUUGUUUAUCUGGACGCCUACAAUGUGAGCGCCGGUACUAUAAAAGUCAACUAUUUGAACUCGGCAAAAGCCUGUGCACACUGGCUUAUACAUAGCGGUCAAUGGGAUUCCACUUAUGGCGGCGGAUUUUGGUGGAAUACGGUCCGAGAAAGCAAGCCAACACAAACAAACGGUUUGGCACUGCAACUGUUCUUACGGCUCUAUCAAAUAACAGGCCAGAUCUUCUAUCGCGACUGGGCCUAUUCCGUGAGAAACUGGUUGAUGAAUGAAAUGUUCGACACCACAACCGGUUUGUACAUUUGGAAAAUUGAUGGUCCAGGCGCAGGCAUCAAGCAUACUGAAAAGUUCACCUAUGACAAUGCUAUUAUGAUCGAAGCAUUCUUGCUGUAUGCCCAGAUCAUUGGAGAUCACAGCUACACUACGAAGGCACAAACAUUGGGUAUCAAAAUGAACACGACCCUCUGGAACAACACUUACCAUGUUUACCUAUUCAACAGUGCGGGCGGACGGAUCAAUCCGGCAUGGUGCGGGUGGGCAUCACAAGCCAUGAUACAACUCUAUCUGGCUGACGACAAUAGUGCCUGGCUCGACUAUGCUCAGCAAAAUAUUGACUAUAUGAAUUCCAAACUGAGGAACUCAGCAAACUAUGGCUAUUAUGCUUUCUGCGACGUUGACGGAAGCGGUGUUGAUACAAGGCACGAAGGUGUCGACCAGGCCUGGAUGCAACGAGUGCAAGUGCUUUUGUCCAACUACAGAUAA